CUUUUCCCUCUCCGUUCGCCUUUUGUUCACGAUAGAAAAAUUUUAUGUACCUGUCACCCACUAUCACCUCCCACGUGAUCUCACUAAUUACAUCCUUACAACUCUCGCAAAAAGACAUUUCAUGACUCGGGCUCAUCUGACUUUGAUGCCAACGCACAGAGCUAGAAGCGGGUUUGGGGGCUGAGUUUAGAACUCCUCAGUCGCCGUCUUCUUUUAUCAUCAAGGUUCUGUUUACGUACUGUUUGACAUAAUUUCCAGCACAAGUUGCUGAUAGAUAAUGUUCUUUUUUUUGUAAAAUCUUUUAAUAAUUGUGGUACGAAGCAGAAUUUUAUUCUUUAGGUUACUGUGUUUGUUGGAUCUCAGAGAAAUCUUUUCUGGAAUCUAAUAAUUGGAGAUUUUCCAUUCAUUUAUCCACCCCCUCCCCCCAAUUUGUGGGAUUUCAAUUGCUGAGACUGAGACAUGCUGGGAAGGGGUCCCUCAGUUGGAUUUAGAUUGGAUGCCUUAUGGAAGACAAAUUGACACUGAAGUUUAAUGUCCAGAUAAGAUCCCCGUUGGUCUCAUAUCUGCGUGUUGAGUCUAUUUGGAAGUGAUUUGAUUUUCCGUGCUGCAAAAUAUCAGAUUCAAGGGUCGGCAGCCUGUGGCAGAGCUAUCAAUUUUAAUAUGCUUUGAUCUUGUGGCGAUAUCAAAAUGGAUCUCUGAGUGGAAGUUGUGCUUGUUGCUGGGUGACAGAGAACCUGUGGACAAGCUGCCCCGAGAAUUAUGUUAUUUAAAGCUUUGGUUUGCCAUGAAAAUCUUGAUUAGCCAAUAUGGGAUGUAACAGGACUAUAGUAUGGUUUAGGAGGGACCUCAGGAUUGAGGAUAAUCCUGCAUUAGCUGCCGCUGCCAGGGAGGGUUCUGUCCUUCCUGUCUAUAUAUGGUGUCCUACCGAGGAGGGACAGUUUUAUCCAGGCCGAGUGUCAAGAUGGUGGCUGAAACAUUCACUUGCCCAUUUAAGUCAGUCGCUGAAAUCACUAGGAGCCGAACUUGUGCUGAUCAAAACUCACAGUACUCUUGCAGCUCUUUUGGAGUGUAUAAAUGCUAUUCAAGCGACAAAAGUAGUGUUUAAUCAUCUCUACGAUCCUGUUUCACUUGUCCGAGAUCACAACAUCAAAGGAACACUAGUCGAAAUUGGUCUAUCUGUGCAAAGCUACAAUGGGGAUUUGUUGUAUGAACCGUGGGAGAUAUAUGAUGAGAUGGGUCACGCUUUUACAACCUUUGAGCCUUUUUGGAACAGAUGCUUGCAAAAGCAAGUGGCAGCUGCUUCACUUAUUCCUCCUUGGCAACUAAUUCCAGCUAAAGGUGCAGUUAAGAAAUGUUCAAUUGAGGAACUAGAACUUGAAGACGAAUUAGAAAAGUCCAGCAAUGCGUUAUUAGGGAGAGCAUGGUCCCCAGGUUGGAGCAAUGCUGAUAAGGCUUUAACUGAAUUUAUUGAACACCACCUACUUCACUACUUAAAGAAUAGACUAAAGGUUGGUGGAGACUCCACUUCACUCCUGUCUCCAUAUCUUCAUUUUGGAGAAUUGAGUGCAAGGAAAGUAUUUCAAUUGGCACGCAUGAAACAGAUAUUAUGGGCAAAUGAAGGAAACAUCACAGGUGAACAGAGUGUCACACUUUUCCUCAGGGCCCUUGGACUUAGAGAGUACUCACGUUAUCUUUGCUUCAAUUUCCCGUUCACUCAUGAGAGACCAUUGCUUGGGAACUUAAGAUUUUUUCCUUGGAAUUCUGAUCUGGCCAAUUUUAAGGCUUGGAGGCAGGGCAGGACUGGCUACCCUUUAGUUGAUGCAGGGAUGAGAGAACUCUGGGCAACAGGAUGGAUACACAAUAGAAUACGGGUGAUAGUUUCUAGUUUUGCCGUGAAAUUCUUGCUUCUUCCCUGGAGAUGGGGAAUGAAAUAUUUCUGGGACACGCUUUUGGAUGCAGACCUUGAAUGUGACAUCUUGGGCUGGCAGUAUAUCUCCGGGAGUUUACCAGAUGGUCAUGAGCUCGAGCGCAUGGACAAUCCAGAGAUUCAGGGGGUUAAAUUUGAUCCGGAGGGCGAAUAUGUAAGGCACUGGCUGCCUGAGUUAGCAAGAAUGCCAACUGAAUGGAUCCAUCAUCCUUGGGAUGCACCACUUACUGUGCUCAGAGCAGCAGGUGUAGAGUUGGGUCUAAAUUAUCCAAAACCAAUAAUUGAGGUCGAUUUGGCCAGGCAACGGCUGACAGAAGCAAUAUUCAAGAUGUGGGAAACUGAGGCAGGGAGCUCAGAUGAGACGAAUGAAGUAGUUGUUGAUAACACCAAUGUUGUUCAAAAUUCGGCCAUUCCAAAAGUUGUCUUGAAGAAGACUCCAUGCGCUUCUAUUUCAUCAAAUGAUCAGAAAGUGCCAACACUUCAGAAUCCCAAGAAUGUUGUUUCUCUUGAUAAGAAAAGAUCAAAAGGUAUGGAAGAAGGGGUACAAAACCAGAGUAGUUUACAGAACCAUAAAAAUGACGCAGAGGUAUCCAGCAAUGAUCAAGGUAUGUGCUCUACGAGUGAAUCUUCUUCUAGUAAGAAGCAGAAGAGUGCAACUUGUGCUAGUACAUGUACAUUUUCUGUUCCCCAACAGUGUUCAUCAUCUUCUGAACUGAAGCGGCCAUGGCAAGAACAGAUUGACAUGGAGCAGAGUUCAAGUAAAGACGGAACCAUCGGAAGUUAAUGCUUUUCACAGAAUUUCACUGGAGAGGCUGCAUCGCGUACUGGGAGAGUAACAUAUUUUGCUGUAUUCAAGUGCUGCCUUAUAGUCUGUUCUGUUGUAUAAGACCGAGUUAGCUUAUUUUCCUUGUGUAUAUUCUGAGGUUGACGUAAACUGUAAACAUACAUAAUACAUAUAUAUAUAUAUAUAUAUUUAUAGGUUUGAGGUUAGAUUUUGGGAUCAAAAAGCGCGAGACGUAUGAAAUCUAUAACUUCAAGAUAGAAAUGUAUUAAGUACAGGUAUGCUAAUGCCACCGUUGUAUUAGAAGUUAAUCAGACUUUUAC